UUAGCCGGUGGCCGGUCCCAAUAUUCGAAAAUGCCUUUAGUCGAGUUAUAAAUCCGAAAAAUGAAAGACAAUAAGCGGGAUGGAAGGGGCAAACUAAUUUUUUGGGUUUCACCUUUUUCAGCCUCUUGGUACUUUAACUGAUACAAUUUUUGACCCAAUUGACAAGCUUGCAUAUCUUGUAUGCUAAAAAUUUUUAAUUCAUGAAUUGAAUGCGUUUUUAGGAGAUCCCAACAAUUCCUCAAAUUGAUAUACUUUUUCCCAAAAAUGGUUUGUCUUGGGAAAAGAUCGCGUUAUAUUAUUUUAGGUUGGGUAAUGUGUACAAUAAUGAUACCAUGAAUCCCUCCAAUAAUUCUGUUUUUGGUAUUUUUGUUUAUAAACAUCUUCGAAAGAUUAUUAACGCCAAAAAACCAAUUUAGCCAUUAUAAAUUUUUUUUAGUUUUUUUAUUUAAUUUAAAUUUCUUCAAUAAAAAAUUUUUUUUUCGGUAAAUUUUUUUCAAUAAAUUUACAUUUUUUAUAUUAAAUUUUUGUUUAAUUUGUUAAUUGACUAUAUUUUUAUCUUUUAUUUCUUUUCAUUUUUUUUUAUUUUUCAUUUUUAAAAUUUUUUUAAAAUUUUAUUUGGAUACUUGUGGGUGGAGGGGCAACUCCAUGUAUCGACACCCUUUAUCGAAAGCAUAUUGGGCAACCCUAAUUUUUUUAAAAUUUAUUCAGAAAUGGAAAGUUCUUCCAAUAAACCAAACUUCAAUUCGAUCAAUUUGUUCAUUAAUCUAUCGAGAGGGGGUUCAACAGAGGAAGAUUUUCGUUCAACGGACCAUAGUAACAGAUCAAGAAUCUCCUUGGAGAUUUUUGAUCUGUCGCUCUCUCAAUUUACAAAUUUUUGUUAACCAAAUUUUACUCCAAUUGAAGGUUGUUUUGUUGUUUGAGCAAACAUCCCUGUCUUUGGAAGAGAAUUAUAAAAUUUAAAAAAUUGGUGUUGAUCAUAUUCUUUUGAUACAUAGGGUCAUCGAUGUUUUGGGAGUAGACAGCGAUAGGUGACACUUGGGGAGUAGGCCUUUUCAAUGUUCCCCCUCUCUUGAAAUUUAUAAAUUAAUCGAAACACGGCAAAUAUUUGGACGAAUUUUCCACCUACUCCCCAAGUAUCCAACUCUUAAUUUUUUGUUUUUUCAGCCUCUAAAAAAUUAUGUUAAUGAAAAUUUUAUUCAAAAAUUGCCAAAGAAAUUUUAACAACAAAUAUUUUUUUCAACUUCGUCAAUUAUCAACAUUAAAAGAAAAAGUUAAUGUGCCUAAAUCAGAAGAUUUGUAUGAACCAAGGUUUGAGGUCAAACGCCAUUACCCGGAUCUACAAUUGAUUAAUGUCAAAUUGAAGGCAUUCGACUUCCAAAUGUUGGAGAAGUUUCAAGUUUUUGUCCAUUGGACAGCUGAAAAUUUUGGUUUUGAUGUUGUUGAAUGUUAUCCAUUGGCUCAUAAAUGUGAAAAAAUUAAAGAAUUUCGACCGAAUAGUGUUACAAUUUCUACAGAAUAUGAACUUAAAACAUAUGCAAGAGUUGUUAGAAUUGGGCCUGUUCCAGCAAUACAACUUCCUUUAUUUGUUAUGAUGGUUCAAGCAAAUGCUCCUGUUGGUAUACAAAUUACUAUUAAAGAACAUGAAGCUAGUGAUGAAGUUGAAAGAUAUAUUAGUGAUCCUCAAUUAGAAGAUUUUGUGGAAACAUUACGCAAUCUUGAUGAUCCUGUUGUUAGAAAAUUUUUGGGAUGGGAAGCUUAA